AGUGCGAUGAAGGCAAUUAAGACUUCUUUCCUGAGUGUUGCUUCCUUCAUCUCACCGUUCGAGGGCCUUGCCGCGGAAGCACUUUGGGAUUUCACAAUAAUGAUAAACAGUGAUAAAUGGCUGGACUAGUGAAAAUGUCGAAUGUUAGUAUGCUAACAGUGACGUUGAUAAAGAUUAGGAAUAAACGUCAUUAGUAAUGACAAUUGUCUGCUAAUUAGAGCCCGUAACACAUGGUGGAUAAUUCGUCAUCAACCAACACAUCAAGCAGAAUGAUGUGAUAUUAAAAGUAGACAUAAGAACAUAUAAAAGGAAAAAGAAAGAAUCAUUAAAGCGACAAAUAACAAAAUAGAAUAUGAUAAAUGAGAUGAGAAAAUGAGAUAUGGGAAGAGGAGUAUGAGGACUGGGAGGGGGGGGGGGGACGAUAGUUAAGCCUAAAAGGUGAAGUCAGUGGCACCUCACCAACGGUGCCCACACACCAGCUCCACUGCCUCUACCGGUCAGCCAACUCCCAGUCGACUUUCCCAGCCAGUCAGUCAACAAAUACAGCAGCCAACCAGCAGCUAUCCGGAUAUCACGUCGUCAUCCGCAAGCGUUCGGCCUUCAUGGAGGAACUUCUCCAGUGGUCCACACGGCAGCGACCGCCUGAGCUGCGUCGCGAGCGCCGAUUCCACUGCCAGACGGCCCUCCUGCUGGAGUGUGUGAGGCGCCAGACUUUUGCUAACUGGCCCGUGGCCUUCGUAGACCCCGACCAGCUGGCCAAAGCUGGCUUCUUCUACAUCCAGAAGAAGGACCACGUCCAAUGCUUCUUCUGCCACGGCAUCGUGGGCUUCUGGGACCCUGGUGACCAGCCGGAGUUGGAGCACCGAAGACACUUCCCGAAGUGUGCCUUCGUCGGAGACGUGGUCACUGGUAACGUUCCGGUGCUAUGCCCGGCCGACGACACGGGGAGAGUUUUUCGCCUCCUGAGCGAGUACCACGCCUUCAGAGUCACCAGCACCAGACCCAUCGCUAAGACUCCGGUCCAUAAGUAUCAAGACGACGCACAGGUGGACGUCGGCCAGCUGGCUUACCCACAGUUCAACACCGACGCCUCCCGGAAGCAAACUUUCACUAACUGGGAGGCUGAGGUCGGGAUCAGCACUCAUGCUCUAGUAGCUGCUGGCUUCUUCUACACUGGGAUCUCCGACUGGGUCCAAUGCUUCCACUGCGGUGGCGGACUGUUCUGUUGGCGCCAGGGUGACGACCCUGCCACCGACCAUGCCCGCUACUACCCCUGCUGUCCUUUCAUCAGGACACAGAAGGGAAAGGACACCAUCUCCAGGAUGAAAGAUGACAACAUUCCUCCCUCGGCAAUUAUCAGACCCAUCCUCCUAUCUGAAGAAGAGGCCAACCUGUUCCUCGCUCAUCCAUUUGCUAAGAAGCUGAUUGCAAUGGGUCUGUCGAGAACGUCAGUGAAGAAAGCUUUCCGUCUACUGGUGGAGCAGAGUGGGACGUUGUGUCGCACAGUGACCGACGCCCUUGAGCUGGUGUUCGAAUACGAGGAGACGCAGACACAGCAGAGACUUGCGUCUGACGCAGCGUCCGUCCUGCAGCGCUCCUCCGUUCAGGUCCCAGAGAACUCGUCCUUAGAGCAGGAGGUCCUACCCAUGGAGGAGGUAGCUACCACCGGCCACGAUGCAGCCUACUACCACACCCUUCUGCAGGAGGUGAAGGAGCUGCAGCAACGUGUGACGGAGGAGGAACGGCGCUUGACCUGUCGGGUGUGUAAGGUAGGGCGUCGGGCCGUGGUGCUCCUGCCCUGCUCCCACCUCCACCUGUGUGCUACCUGUGCCAGGCCUCGCGACGCCUGUCCCACCUGCUCUGCCAUCAUCCGGGGCACCUUUAGACCCAUCAUUGGCUGAGGUACUCUUAUAUCAGUGUUGUUUGAGGCACUCACGGGCUUUUGUCGUAUGAGGCACUCACGCGCCACGGUCGUCUGAGGCACUCACACCCCCCCCGUCGUUCGAGGCACUCACACCCCCCCCCCCCGUCGUCUGAGGCACUCAGGCAUCACCGUCGUCUGACGCACUCAUAUUCAAUCCCACCAUCAGGGGCUGAGAGUCUGUGUCUCUUCUGAAGGGCAACCAUCCAGAACAACUCAAGUCAUUCCUUCAGCCGGCUGGAGCCGAAGACAACACUCCUCCUGAAGACAGCUUCCUGUCCCAAACUGUCCAAUAUGAGGAAUGGAAAAAGUCUUCAGCGUACGUAUCAGCAAGUCUAAAAGCGUCUGGACUAGCUAGAGCCUUGAGCCACGUACGGUACUGGGUGACGUAGAGUACAGAGACUCUAGAAUUUAAAGUCUAGAACUGGACUUCGUCGUAGUGUUAAGAAUAACUCAAUUGCUUUGUAAAGCUGUAUUUCUCUCUUAUAUCACUCAAUACAUCUUUCUCGUCCUCGUUUAACUGAGAAUAGAGUUAAGGUGAUAAACACAAGAAACCAUAAAGACUGAACUUGUACAUCAAGAACCGCAUAAGAAUAAUUUAACGAUUUUAAACUCAUUAUUCAUAUAUCUGAAUAUAUAUAAUAUAUAUAUAUAUAUAUAUAUAUAUAUAU